AGCGCGUUUCCGAAUGCAUCUGCACACAUUUUACUGCUGGGCUGGCUUGAUUUAGUCUCUUGAACUUCAAGUUCGAGGAGGUUUCCUGCGCAGUGGCCCGUCCGGCGAGCAACUCGACUCCCCUCAGGCUAGCAACAGCGACACUCGCAGUGCCAACUUGAAAAAAGGAAAAAUAAUAGAAAAUAAAGGAGCGUGCUUCAUACUCCAUAUUUUGAAUUGCGUCAUUUGAGUAAUUCGUCCUCUCGUCGGCACUGCGUACAUCGCUAGCAUUUGCAGUUAGCUUCUGACGUUCACGAGCAAAGGAGACGAGGUCUCUCGUUCUUGUCCUGGCCACGACUGACAAGCCGCCGUCGACCAUGUCAGAGCCGGCCGCAGAGGUGAAGCAAGAGGUCAAGCAGGCGAGCAAAGAGGUGAAAGAGAGCGAAAACGUCGCCGAGAAAUAUUCCGUCAUGACAGUGAGCAAGAACACCGAGAUGAACAUGGAAGAGCUGUCGUCCGCCUUCAGCGCUGUGCCCACUCACAAGCCGGUUAAAAAGCAAAUCCAAUUUGUGGAGGACAAGCAGGAGUUCAGCCGGUUCCCCACCAAGGCAGGCCGUCGUUCCCUGUCCCGCUCCAUUUCUCAGUCAUCCACGGAUAGCUACAGCUCAGCUGCGUCCUACACGGACAGCUCAGACGAUGAAACUUCACCACGGGACAAAACACAAAUCAACUCCAAAGGCAGCAGUGACUUCUGUGUCAAGAACAUUAAACAAGCAGAGUUUGGAAGACGUGAGAUUGAGAUUGCGGAACAAGACAUGUCGGCACUGAUUGCUCUCAGGAAGAGAGCACAGAGUGAGAAACCAUUGGCAGGUGCCAAAAUUGUAGGCUGUACUCAUAUCACUGCCCAGACCGCUGUGUUGAUUGAGACUCUGGUGGCUCUCGGGGCCCAGUGCCGCUGGACUGCUUGUAACAUAUACUCCACACAAAAUGAAGUCGCUGCCGCUCUGUCAGAGAUAGGUGUGGCUGUGUUUGCCUGGAAAGGGGAGUCUGAGGACGAUUUCUGGUGGUGCAUUGACCGCUGUGUCAACACUGAGGGAUGGCAGCCUAACAUGAUCCUGGAUGAUGGGGGUGACCUGACACACUGGAUGUACAAGAAAUACCCAAAUGUAUUCAAGAAGAUCCGAGGCAUAGUAGAGGAGAGCGUCACUGGGGUUCACAGGUUGUAUCAACUCUCCAAAGCGGGAAAACUGUGUGUGCCAGCAAUGAACGUAAAUGAUUCUGUGACUAAGCAAAAGUUUGACAACCUUUACUGCUGCAGAGAGUCCAUCUUGGAUGGCUUGAAGAGAACCACAGAUGUCAUGUUUGGAGGCAAACAGGUGGUUGUAUGUGGCUACGGUGAGGUUGGAAAAGGUUGUUGUGCUGCACUGAAAGCUCUUGGGGCGAUUGUCUACAUUACAGAGAUCGACCCUAUUUGUGCCCUACAAGCUUGCAUGGAUGGAUUCAGAGUGGUCAAGCUGAAUGAGGUCAUUCGCCACGUUGAUAUCACCAUCACAUGCACUGGAAACAAGAACGUGGUCACCAGAGAUCAGCUGGACCGCAUGAAAAAUGGCUCCAUUGUGUGCAACAUGGGGCACUCCAACACAGAGAUUGAUGUGGCAAGCCUCCGCACCCCUGAGCUGACAUGGGAGAGGGUGCGCUCUCAGGUCGAUCACGUCAUUUGGCCUGAUGGCAAGAGAGUCAUUCUGUUGGCUGAAGGACGCCUGCUCAAUCUCAGCUGCUCUACGGUCCCUACAUUUGUUCUGUCCAUCACCGCUACCACUCAGGCCCUGGCCCUGAUAGAGUUGUACAAUGCUCCAGAGGGACGAUACAAGCAAGAUGUUUACCUCCUUCCUAAAAAAAUGGAUGAAUACGUGGCCAGCCUGCAUCUGGCAACCUUUGACGCCCACCUGACGGAGCUCAGCGAUGAGCAGGCAAAAUAUUUGGGCCUGAAUAAGAAUGGACCUUUCAAACCCAACUACUACAGGUAUUAGCCCACAAUAAACUCCAUCUCAACAUACUCGCAUGUUGAGGAACGCCAAGACGCAAGACCUGUUGGUAGUCUACGCAAGAAGAAAUUUUAGUGUAUGUUUAUAUUUGUCUCAACCACUUUAUUUCACAGAUAUGCUUGUGAUAGUACACAAUAGACAUAGACAAAUGUGUUGUCAGAUUAUCAGUUAGAUACUAUAAUAUUUUGCACCAAUAUUAAUUGUUUAAGAAUGUUGUGCCAAAUAACUGUAAGGGAAGGGUUACAGAUUAAGAAAAGUAACUUCAAUUUAUGUGAUGCAAAGAAAUAAGUAAUUCUCUGGGAUCAGAAGUUUCAUAAACUUGAACAAGGAUAUCUCUGAAAACUUUUAAACUGACUGAUACCUUUAAUUGUUCAUCACCCUCAUUUAUGAGACAGAUGGCGACUGUCAAUGGCAAGUCUAACCUUGCCUAAUUUUAACAAUAAUGAGCCAUAGAUAUAUGGACCAAUUCAUUUUUGGUUUGUAAAUAUUAGACUUAUUUGAUCUGGUGAGCAACUUCAUUCAUGUGGUGUGUAUAUGCUGGAUCUCCUCAGUUUAUGAUAGCACUUAUGCUUAUAAAUGAGCCAUAACAUCGAAGAUGUUGUAAGAAAUGCAUUGGCAUUUGAUACCGUCCCGCAGGUGAAAAACAGGUGAUUUACUUGGCCCCCUGAUUGAAUAGUGAAUACAUUCCAAUGAUAAGCUAGAGAGAGAAUAAACUUGCCUCUGUAGUGUCAAGUUUCUGUGAACAGUAACACUCACCAUGCACGUGAACUAAACCUCGUACUUCGUGAUUGUAGAAGCACCUUGAUUUCUUUAAUAAUAAUGAUAAGACGCAUGUGUUGCAGGAUAUUCAAAUGUCAACAAUGUCUAUAGCAGGGGUCAACAACCUUUUUGAACUGGAGAGCUACUCUUAGGAUACUGUUUAAAGUGAACUGCUUCUAAAAUACAUUUGCUCAAAUGACCUUUAUUAUGUUAUUGUUAAUAAUGAAUGAUGUUGAACUAUGUGUAACGAGUUCUCACAAUAAUGAUUCAACAAUGUAGGGAAAAGUUAAGUUGUCAACGGGUUAGCACAUUUGCCUCACGGUUCUGAGGACCAGGGUUUGAAUCCCCUCCCACAUCCCAACAACGUGCAUUAAUUGGAGACUCUAAAUUGCCCUUAGGUGUGAUUGUGAGUGUGACCGGUCGUUUGUCUCUGUGUACCCUGCGAUUGGCCGGCAACCAGUUCAGGGUGUACCCGUGCCACCUCCCUGAAGAUAGCUGGGAUAGGCUCCAGCGUGUUCACAACCCAAGUGAGGAGAAGCAGUACAGAAAAUGGAUGGAUGUGGAAAAAAUUAAUUUGUAUGCAACACUCUCCAAUUUCGCAGUGUUUGGAACGUUCACUUUUACAACAUUUCUAGGAAAUCACAAUUUCCCAUCACUUGUGAACAAUCUUAGAACAGAGCCACAACUCGUGUUCUUUAGCAUUUGAUGUCAUUCUUUAGGUGUUCAAAUAGAUGAGAAGAAGCAGUCCACUGUGAAUCCAUACUGUUGCAACUGUUGUAUAUUCUACUCUGUCUAUAACAUAUAUUUGUCACAUGCUGCAUGUUCUGCAAAUUCUAGAACAGUGUUUGUACUGUAUACACAGCCACCACAAGCUCCUCUGUGGCAUUUAUCAAACCCUACCACCUACUGUACACUAUACACGAAAUAUGUUGUGUGAUUUGUGUAUAGAUUGAGGUAAAAAAAAUCUAUCCUUUGUUCCUCACAGUAUUUUCAACAAAGACCAUCUCUUAAUAGUGAUAUUCUUUGUCAUCUGAUAUGAGACGGUAUAGUUAGUUGUACACUGUUCUCAUGCUUUUGAAUUGCUCUUAUUUUUCAUUUCAAUUUGCUUUUAUUUGUGAAGUUUGGUAUUGCACUUAUGAUACAACUUAUUUCUGUCUUUUUUUUUUUUAUUUAAGGUCCAUGUUAAAUGAUUAAGUUCAAUGAAGGAGUCUUGGUUUAUUUCAGUCAAAUCCUUAAAAUGUAUUCCAACACAUACAGUAUUUGAAGUUUGGUAUAUUGGCCACCUCAUUACUGUCCCAAAUGUUCAAAUUUACUCAUCAGACUUUCAUUUUCAGCACCUUUUAACAGAACCUUAACAUUUUCCUGCAUUGACGUUGUGCGCAAAUUGAAGUUUUUCCUUUGAAUCUGCAGGAUUUUAAUGAAAAGUAACCUAGCGUGAGCUACUGUGUCACCUUUGUACUUGCAAUUUCAAGAGCAUAUGAACCAAAGGUAGCUAUCUAUGAAGAGAUAAUUGUCAAGAAGCGAGUUGCUGUAACCAUGGUUACUGCCCAGCAGACAGUGCCUUGUGUCUCACUUAGUACAGUUUGUACCCACAGUACAUGUGUGCGUUUUCGCAAGUGUUACUGGUGGUCAACACGGUUCUUCUGCAAUGCACCUAUGCAGUUUUCUCCUGUAAAAAAAAAAAGAUUUAAUCCUGCAGCUGUGGAGAGACGAUACGUAUUCAUCACAGUAAUUUCAAAUGAAUGCACAGUAUUUUGUUGUCCAUAGAUCAGCCCUUGUAAUUUAUCUCUUUAUUUCUGGUGUUUUAAUUUUCUUGUGUGUAAUUAACAAUCAGGAAUUCUACUGAUCUUUUCCUUAUAGCACGUAUGCCUUCUGUAACUGAUUCUUAUUGAUUUGGUAAUGAUUCUUAUUGAUUUGGUAAUAGCUAUAUUUUGUCUUCUGUUUUGUCAAAUAACAGGACAUAUGAAUGUUUUUUCGCUGAUGGUUGUCAACUGGAUGAUAUAUGCACACUGUUAUUUUCAUACUCUUGAUGGUUUUUAGUCUUUGGUGUAGAGAGAAAGUUUUGGAUAUGAUUUAUUAGCGUUAAGGUAGGCUAUGAGCACAGUAACUGUAGUUUUAAAACCCAAUCACAACAGUACACUGUAUGCUGUGGAAAAUCCAUGUGCACAGUUCCCUUUAAUAAACUGCU